CCCCGCCCCUUGGGGCACUCAUUUCGCAUCCUAUCUGUUUCUGAGCAGCAGUUCAUUUCGGCGGACUAACUAGCUGUAGUUGUAUUGGGGUGACACGUUCCUGCGAAGUGUACUAAAGUUUCUGAACACGAUAGUGACACCUGUGGCGUGUCUUUUAGCAUAGCACUUUGCUUUUGUCUCACGCGAAGUCUUCUAAUCUCUCUCGAGAAGGGAACACUUAACAUGAAGAAUAUGACUUUCCGAAGGCUAAAGAAACUCAACUCCAGCGACCCCAAUGAGGGUGGGACAUCGGACAGUGGUGAGAUUUACUUUCCUUCUUCUAAAUCGGACAGCUGUAGAACUACGGACUCGUCGAAAAACUAUUCCGAUGUUUACAAUUACAAGACGCUGGCGUAUUCUGGAGGGACGCUGCCAAGGAACUUCAGGAAGGGUGGCCUACAGAAAUGGAAGCCUCUGACAAAGUCUCCCGAGCUGCAGAGGAAAGUGGUUGUUCUUGAGAAAGAGGAGGAGGAGACGUUUGGCUUUGAGAUCCAGACGUACGGGCUGCAUCACCAGAGCGAGAACUCGGUGGAGAUGUGCACCUUCGUCUGCAAGGUCCACGAGGGCAGCCCCGCGCACAACGCCGGCCUGCGAGUCGGGGACACCAUCGCGAGCGUGAAUGAGGCCGUGGUGGAGGGGUUCAGACACAAGGACAUCGUCCAGCUUAUAAGGUCUUCAGGAAACUCCAUCAGGCUGGAGACGGCAUACAGCGACUCCAUACGGAAAGCAGAGCUGGAGGCUCGGUUGCAGUUUUUAAAGCAAACCUUGCAUGAGAAGUGGGAGGAGUACAGGUCACUGAUGAUGCAGGAACAGAGGCUCGUUCAUGGCAUCGUCAUGGGCGACGCGGCGGUGUAUGAGUCGCUGGAGUCGGCGCGGGCGCUGGUGUACGGGAGCCUGGGCGCGCCCAGCCCGGCCGCCGUGCGGGCGCUCCACUGCACGGGCAGCACCAGCAGCAGCGCCAGCCGCCUCAGCGUGGCCACCGACGACGACCCGCUCUACCAGACCUUCCUGUGCCAGGACGAGGUGGACGCCAGGCCCGCCCGUCCCGCCAGCGAGCUGUUCCCCGCCCCGAAGACGCAGCUGACCCGCAGCGCCAGCACCCGCAGCUACCUGAGGGGGGCGUCCUCGCCCUCGCCCGCGCAGCCCGCCACAGAGAAGCAGGGCGGCUUGGGCUCCCUCCAGCGCAAACCCAAGCAGAAGAGCUUCCGCCGCCGCCUGCUCAAGUUCAUCCCCGGACUCAACCGAGCGCUGGAGGAGGAGGAGAGCAAGCUCUGACGCCCGGGCCGUGCAGAGUGAACCUAAACCCCCCUGUCCUCUCCCCAACACCACACCCUCAACACACACACCCCCAAAAAACACCCCACAGACCUGUUCUGCAGGAUGAGGAGAGCAAGCUCUGACGUUCAUGCGGUAAAGACGCAACAUCCUCCCACUCCCUCACCACAUCCUCAAUCCCCCGACACCCCCUGCUAUGCCCAUAUCUGGCAGCCGUGCGUCUCUGCUCUUUGUAUAUACUGUUGUUGUGGUUUUCUGUUUUGACAGUUAAGUUAUUUAUUUAUGAUCUUUUUUUUUGUAAAAUGGGCAGAGUUAUUUUUUUUAUAUAAACACUAAAGUGAAAAGACAUGCCCAUAGACCAUCUGAUUGCUUAAUCUCAACUGCCACUUUUUUGUAAGAGCUCUUUUUGCUUUGUUGUUUUCAAUAAUUUUGUUACUAUUUUUUAUUUCUUCAGGAAGCACAAGGGCUCCUCUGUUCUUUCACAAGAAAAUCAGAAAAUAAACAUGUUGCAUUGA